AUGUUAGAUACACUUGCAGUUUUUAAGUUACAUGUGCAACUUUGUUGUAAUGUCUCAAGAAUAAUUUUUUUCCUUUUUCUGUUCUUAUAUUGCAGUGAUCUUGGUAAUUCAAAUUUAUCUGGACAUUUGGUGCCUGAACUUGGGAAGCUAGAGCAUCUACAGUAUCUGGAGCUAUAUAAAAACCACAUUGAAGGGACUAUUCCUUCAGAACUUGGUAACCUAAAGAGUCUCAUCAGCUUGGAUUUAUACAAUAACAACAUCUCUGGGACAAUUCCUCCUUCGUUGGGGAAAUUGAAGUCUCUUGUGUUCCUGCGGCUUAAUGACAACAGGUUAAAUGGGCCAAUCCCCAGGGAGCUUACUGGUAUUUCUACCCUCAAAGUUGUAGAUGUCUCGAACAAUGAUUUGUGUGGAACUAUUCCAACCAGCGGACCAUUUGAGCACAUCCCUUUGAACAACUUUGAGCAUAAUCCUCGGCUAGAAGGUCCAGAGUUGCUGGGACUCGCAACUUAUGACACAAGCUGCUCAUGAAGAUGUAUGAUGCUGCAAAACCUCGACGUCGCAUCAAAUUAGAUAUGUACUUCAAAAAAUUGGAAGUGUAUUACUCUCUAUAAGGGGGAUGGUGGGAAAUUCACUCCCUCAUAUAUAACUAUUUGUAAAGUUUACACACUACUGCAUUGUAAUGCUCUUUCUGUUUCUAAGAUGUUCAACACUACUGCCUCGUUGCAAUACUAUAGAAGGGGUUUACCUAUUGUGCCAAUCCAUGAUUUCAUUUU